UCUAAAAAAUGUCGGUGCUUAAGAGAAAACGUGGAGGACAGGGGCCAGGUGUGAAAGCAAAGAAAGUUAAAUUUGUACAAAAUGGAAUUAAACCUCAAAUUACAGAGACUGAACAAAACAAUGAAAUCAGCGUCCCAGCACCCGUGUCAAUGGGCAAGUGGAGAAACAAAGAACGAGUUCUUGUGUUCUCUUCGAGAGGCAUCAACUUCAGAACACGACACUUGAUGCAGGACCUGAGGACGAUGAUGCCACACACUAAAGCAGACACAAAAAUGGACAGAAAGGACAAACUCUUUGUCAUAAACGAGGUGUGUGAAAUCAAGAACUGCAACAAAUGCAUAUUCUUUGAAGCAAAGAAGAAGCAGGACCUCUACAUGUGGGUUGCAAAUGUUCCCCAUGGACCAUCUGCAAAGUUCUUGGUUCAGAAUGUCCACACACUCGCCGAACUCAAAAUGACAGGGAACUGCCUGAAAGGAUCCAGACCGCUGCUGUCAUUUGAUCCUCAAUUUGACAAGGAGCCCCAUUAUGCACUGCUGAAGGAGCUCUUUAUCCAGACAUUUUCAACUCCUCAAUACCACCCCAGAAGCCAACCCUUUGUGGAACACGUCUUCACGUUCACUGUAACAGACAACAGGAUAUGGUUCAGAAACUAUCAGAUCAUUGAGGAAGAUGCGUCAAUGGUAGAAAUUGGACCUCGCUUUGUCUUGAACCUCAUCAAAAUAUUCCAGGGGAGCUUUGGUGGCCCCACACUCUUCGAGAACCCACACUUUGAGUCUCCAAACACGCAUCGACGUCUGAUCCGCAUGGCCACGGCCUCCAAGCUGAGAGAGAAACAGAUGGUCAAGGAGCUCCAGAAACUGAAGAGGACGGAGAACAAGGAGGUGGUGACUAGGGACGUGACGGACGACGUGUUCGCCACGCCAGCCGAGGAGAGACCAGUCCACAUAGAGCUAGAGGCCCCCGCAGCGAAAGUAGUGAAGAAGAACAAACACAAAGCUUUCAAACGACAGAGAAAUCAGAAGCGUUAGACUAGACUGUUUGGUCUUCUGGAAGAACGCAUCUGAGAAGUGAUUACAUAGGCGCUUUCUCAUUUCUUCUUUCCUCAAAUCCUCUUUUCCUUGUCCUCUCUUGUUGCUUAUUUCUCAAAACGCAUUGGAGUUCCAAGGGGAGAGACCUUAGCUCUUCGCCAAUAUGUUUUGAGAGGGAGGCGAGUAAAGACCAUUUGGGAAAGAGCCUUACAAUUUGUUUGUGGCCGUGAAGUGGGAGGAUUGCCCAGAGUUUAAUUGACCGUUUACCCCAGCAACCUUCGAAGGACUGUCUCGGAAUAUGUCAAUGUGGUUCAAUUUUUUAUAAUGUUUCAGCUGCCAAAAAAUAAAGCAGCUUUGUGAUUUAUA